GUCACAUUUCAACAUUCAUAGAUGACUGACUGUCCAGGACAGUACAUGGAUCAUUGCCAUAUCCAUUGGCACUUUUUUUUUGUCUCCCCAAAUUGUUGCCCCAUUCAUUCAUAGCAGCAGCCUGUUGGAGUUUGGCCACUAAGUGUUGGUGAGGGAAGUGACUUUAAUCCAUCCAUAUAGUUUGCCCCACACCCUAAAUAAAAUGUCAUAUUUAUGAACAGUUUUGGUGCAAAAGUAAGUCUAACAGUGGCAGGAAAGUCCGUCCAGAAAGAUCUGACUGCAGGUGCUGCAAGUUACCUUAAAUGUUUAUGAUAAUCUUGGUCUCAAAUUUAAUUAAAAAAAAAAAAAAACAUCUAGUGAUUUUCAUGUGCAUGCUAGCAUGUGACACUAAAUGUAUUUUGUCAUUUUUUCAGGGUGAAUUUAUGGGAUAUAAGCCUACAGGUGUUUUUACCAAUAUAAAACAGUGUUUAUUUAUUUCCGAGGUGCAUUUGAAGGCAGCAGAAGUUGUCAGUCAGACAAAACUUUUGGUGAUACUUUAGUUUCUCUUUGACUCUUUUCCCAUUUUACUGUUUAAUUGGCUGGCUGUUAUUAAAUAAAGGGAACUCAGAAGUUUUUACAGAGUCGUUACAUUCCAUUUAAACCAUCCAAACCCUCUAUCCACUCAUUGUACACAGGACCAUUAAUGGAGUCUGCCUUUCAGUGCAAAAAUAAGACUACCAGUGAUAGGAAAGUUCAUCCAAUAAGAUCUGACAGUAGGCACUGCAGUUUUUACCUUACAUUUUUAAGAUAAUCUCAGUCUCAAGUUUAAAACAAAAAUGGAAAUUUUCAUAUGCAUGCUGGUAAGUUAAAAGUCAGUUUAUUUUGUCAUGUUUUCAAGGCAGAUGUACUGGAUGGACACAGGUGGGGUUGCCCAUAUAAAACAGUGUUUAUGUAAUUUUCAAGGUGCAUUUGAAGGCAGCAGAAGCUGUCAGCCGAACACAAGACAUUAUUUUAUAAAUAUGAAUUAAGAUUUACAAUAUUAUAUUAUUGUAUAAUCUCAGCUCCCUAAGGGAAAUGCCAGUCUUAAUUAAUAUUUAAGACAAUAUCUCCAAGUAUUUUAAAACUAUUAACAUAAAAUGAUUUUAUGUGCAUGCUGGCAUGUUAAACUACAUGUAUGUUGUCUUUAUUUUCAGGGUUGAGUUACUAUACAGGUGGUUUUGCCAAUAUAAAACAGUGUUUGUCUUAUUUCCGAGGUGCAUUUGAAGGCAGCAGAAGUUGUCAGCAGGACAUGUAGGCCUGUGAGUUUAGGUGAUAAUUUAGUUCCGCUCUGCUCUGACUGUUUUGCUAUUUUUACUGUGUAAUCGUCUGGCUGAUAUUGCAUAAGGGGAACUCAACAGAUUUUACAGAGUCAUUACAUUCCAUUUAAAACAUCCUUUCCAAAAACACAAGUCUUGUGUUGGCUGAACCUCCCCCCACCUCCCCGCCCCCGCUCUGUCUGGUAGCGAAGUGGUUCGCUCCCUCUAGCGGCGGAGCUCGCAGCCGUUGAGCGUCACAGCGCCGGUGUCCGUCCGUCCCCCCAGUCAGAGUGAAAGUUGUCUCCGCUCGGCAAAGCGAGGGCUCGGGACUCGCUAGUUUCCACCGCCGCCGCUGCUGCUUCACACGCUUUCACCCGGAGAGAUGAGGCGGAAAGAGAAGAGGCUCCUGCAGUUCGCCGGGUUGCUCAUAGCGGCUCUUCUAUUCCUCCCAAACGUUGGGCUGUGGUCUUUAUACAGGGACCGAGUAUUCGACAACUCGCCCGACACAGUGGAUGGUCCGGGCGGCAUCCCUCCGAUACAGGGAGUAAACCGGAUGGGGAAGGACGCACAGGUAGGACGAGACGGCGUGCGGAGGAGAGACUGGCACGACUACGAUGCAAUCAAAAGAGACGCCGCUCGAUCUGGUAACGGUGAACAGGGGAAGCCAUUCCCCCUGACAGAUGCUGACCGGGUCGACCAGGCCUACAGGGAGAACGGCUUCAACAUUUAUGUCAGCGACAGGAUCUCUCUCAACCGCUCCCUCCCGGACAUCCGCCAUCAAAACUGUAAACAGAAGCUGUAUGCAGAGAAGCUGCCAAACACCAGCAUCAUCAUCCCGUUCCAUAACGAGGGCUGGUCGUCGCUGCUGAGGACCGUUCACAGCAUACUCAACCGCUCUCCUCCACAGCUCAUCGCAGAGAUCAUCCUGGUCGAUGACUUCAGCGACAAAGAGCACCUAAAGGUGGCAUUAGAGGAGUACAUGGUGCGGCUGCCAAAAGUUCGCAUCCUGAGGACCAAGAAGAGGGAGGGUCUGAUCAGGACUCGCCUCCUGGGAGCUGCUGCUGCCAAAGGAGAAGUCAUUACCUUCCUGGACUCCCACUGUGAAGCCAACGUCAACUGGCUGCCCCCACUGCUGGACCGAAUCGCCCAGAACAGGAAGACUAUCGUGUGUCCGAUGAUCGACGUCAUCGACCAUGACAACUUCGGCUACGAGACGCAGGCAGGGGACGCCAUGCGCGGGGCGUUUGACUGGGAAAUGUACUAUAAACGGAUCCCCAUCCCAACAGAGCUGCAGAAAGACGACCCCAGUGAACCCUUUGAGUCGCCAGUGAUGGCAGGUGGGCUGUUCGCUGUGGACAGGAAGUGGUUCUGGGAGCUGGGAGGAUAUGACACGGGUCUGGAGAUCUGGGGAGGAGAACAGUACGAGAUCUCCUUCAAGGUGUGGAUGUGUGGUGGUCGAAUGGAGGACAUCCCUUGCUCCAGGGUAGGACACAUCUACAGGAAGUAUGUCCCCUACAAAGUUCCCGGAGGGGUCAGCCUGGCCAGGAACCUGAAACGCGUGGCGGAGGUGUGGAUGGACGAGUACGCCGAAUACAUCUACCAGCGUCGGCCGGAGUACCGCCACCUGUCGGCAGGAGACAUGACGGUGCAGAAGGAGCUGAGGAACCGCCUCAACUGCAAGAGCUUCAAGUGGUUCAUGAGCGAGGUGGCCUGGGAUCUGCCCAAACACUACCCACCAGUGGAGCCUCCUGCUGCUGCGUGGGGAGAGAUUCGUAACGUUGGCAACAACAUGUGUAUGGAGAGUAAACACUUUGUAUCGGGGAGCCCCAUGCGCCUGGAGGGCUGUAUGAAGGGAAGGGGGGAGGUGAGCUGGAGCCAUGGACAGGUGUUCACAUUCGGUUGGAGAGAGGACAUCCGAGUGGGCGACCCCAUGCACACUAAAAAAGUUUGUUUCGAUGCCAUUUCACACAACAGCCCCGUCACCCUGUAUGACUGUCACGGCAUGAAGGGCAACCAGCUGUGGCGCUACAGAAAGGAUAAGAGUCUGUAUCACCCCGUCAGUAACAGCUGUAUCGACAGCAGCCUGAACGAGCGGCGAGUCUUCAUGAACACGUGUGACCCCUCCUCCCCCAGCCAGCAGUGGCUGUUUGAGAGAACCAACGCCACCGUGCUGGAGCGCUUCAACCGGGGCGCCAACUGAGGCCCCGCGCGGCGUCUUAAGAGAAAAAGACUCAUGACGUACGCAGACUUGGAUCUGCUGCUGCUGCUGCUGCUGCUGUGAAAUGGGGUAUUACACUUACUCUGGUUCCCUGUUUACCUGACGCUGAGGUGACAGCUGUUUCUCUUUGGGGCGCUCAGAGUGAGGCAGGAUGGGAUUACCGCAGGGGAAGUUGGUUAAACACAUCAGUUAGAGGAAAGACUGGGUUGACUGAUGGGUUUGAGUUUUAAAAGUGACUUUGUGUGUGAGAUGUUUUCGUUCUGUCACGGCAUCGCUGUGGCUGUGGGUCUGCCUCACUCCUUGAUUUUGCUUGAUUGUUAUCUGACUUUCCUCUCGUUUCUCAAUCUUUUUGUUUAUUUUAAAAUUUUCUCUGCCUUUAUUUAUUGCCAUUCUUUCCCUCUAUGUUUGUUUUUUUAUUUUUAUUUUAUUUCUCUUCUCUGUCAGUCUACCUUUAUCUUCUGUCUCCAUCUCUUUCCUCCUCGUGUCUCUCCCAGUCCGCCUCUGCCUGCACAUCCGUCUCUAUCUGCCCGCAUGACUGCACCUUUGCCCACCUUCUCCAUUCACCCUCUCAAAUCCCCUUAUGUCUCUCCAGCGCUGACAACCUCCCUGGGGUGGGCAGUUGGGUCGGCGCGCGGGGGGGGGGGUCUCCUGCUGAGCCAAAGUCAUCCUGACACCUGGGUGAAGCCAGGCAGAACCACUCUGAAAAUCACCUAGUGAAUUGAUUUUCCUUUACAACCCUCAUUCACCCUCUGUUCCCUUUACCACCUCCCUCCCCUCUCGGCUUGGUAGUCUCUCCUCAUCUGCUCUUCUCCUCUCUGUGGCAGAUUUGGGCAGAGCUACUUCAAAUGUAGCAAGUGGAAGCUGACAAAGAAAGCUUAAUGGAUAUUUCUUUCGCAUUCUUUUUUCUGCAUUCUCUACUUUUCCUCGGUGUACUUAUCAUUUGCAGGUUUGUCACUGUGCGAGUAGUAUCUUAACGCCAGGGUUUGGGGGCUAACUAACACUGGCUAAGGGCUUCUUGUUUGUUAUGGUGGUGUGAUGAUGGAGGUGGGAGCUGCUGUCACACCUUUUGUUUCUGUCUGCCCUUUGCUGCUCCCCACCCGGCUCUGCCACUCAGUCGCCAGAACGACCUCGUCACAGACGGCCGAGCGCGGGGUCACGUCAUAACACGUAGUAGUGGGUUGACUAGCUUUGUGACUGGCAGGCCGGCGGACAUGCAGCAGGGUCGCCUGAUUGGCCGACUGCUGAGCUGACACAUCACUUUAGCGUACAGUGCGAGCAGGAGGAGAGAGGAAUGGGGGGGGGGGGAUAGACUCGCCGAGGUAGCUCUGGGAGAUGAAUGUGGAAGUUUAAAAUGCAUAAAGCACUUGUGUGAUGCUAAACUUGAAUGAAAUCUCAGUGCCUUGUUGGAAGAGUACUAGAUGUAGGUGUAUGUGUGUUUGCAGGAAAGUGUGUGUGUGGUCCAAAGUGUCCAGAGCAAUGUAGGGAACAAUUCACUCCAUUCACGAGGUGACUUUUCCUGAAAAACAGUGAAUCUUCUCCAAAGUCUCAUUUGGAAUUGAACAUGGAUUGACCUGGACUCUGAUGCAGGACAUUGAAGGCACCACUGGCUUUGUGACUCGUGUACGGCUUUCUAAAUGAACACACAUGUAACAUGCUGGCUGUGAAUAGAGCUAAAGAGACAUUUUUCCACCAUAUUUUCUCCUGCCUUGAAAAGUGAACCCUAAGAAGAACUUCAUGACAUGUUGCUGUUGUGUUUUUUUUCCCCCACCCGUUCAAUCCAAAGUACUUUUAUGGGGAAAGGGAAUUGUCAUUGCUUUUUUUCCUGUUUUUUUCCAUCCAACUUUUAGUUUCUUUUUUUAAAUGAAAUGUUCUUCUGUCUUUGUUUUGAUCCUGUGGUUCAGCUUAUGAUAAAUUGUGUUGGACUUCUGUUUGAUGUGAUGUUUUGGGAUGUUCUGGUCUGUCGCUUGCACCGAUUCUCUAAUCCGAUUUUGUGAAGAAGAACAAUGUACAGUGUGUGACAUUUUAAUCAGCAGUUCCAGAUACUGUGCUUCAGUAGAUUUCAGUUGUAGACCAAAAAGAAAAGUCGUAUUCUCUAAAAUACAUAGAUAAUACAUUGGUUGAGAUAUUUCUUACUUACAAAUUAGGCUAGUUUCCAAAUUUUACAUUGAGUACCAUUGUGAUCGAGUACCAUUAUGUGGGCUAGACUUGCAGAUUUUAUCAUUGCCAACUCAAACAUCAAUCUCAUAUGGACAGUUUCGCUGCCAAGACUUGUUAGUGAUCGUAAACAUGAAUCCUUCACAAAAAUGCCAAUCAUUAGUUCUUACACAGAACGCAGAGUUGUCAAACACAGCAGUAGAUGUGGUGAUGUUUAUAUUUUAGAUGUUUUUAACAAUGAGUAGAGGGACUUAUCUACAUAGUUAGUAAAUUAAAUGUGAGACUCAAAAUUCAGUAGAGCAGCCAAGAGAUUAUUGAGCACUGAAACUGUCAAUGCAAAGUGAUAUUAGCUUAUCAAACAUGUCCAAACAUUCAUCUAUUAAAAUGUUAUAUAUUGAAAAUAGAAAUGUAUUAUUACACUCAGAUAAAUUACAGUGCUGGGUCACCCAGAGGAGGAACUCUCCUCUUCUAAAGCAAGAUUGAGGACACGUUAGUUUUGGGUUUAUAGUUGGUACUUAAACCCACCCUGACACUGAAUGAGUUGGCCAGCUACAGUUCAAAUAAAAAAGAUUGAUCUGAACUCCUGUCAGUAAGAUGGAUCCUUCAGACUGAAAGCUGAAGUCUGCUGGCUCAACCGUUAUUACACUUGCUAAUUGAACGUCACGAUGUCCCUUCAAUCAAGUGUCCACUUUGCUUUGCCAUUAAGUUUUUCAUCUGAUUCAGAGGUGACUUAGGUUUAAAUUGAAAAAAAGUUUACGAAAAUGGUAAUUAACAGUAUAUGCGUAACUUU